AAACCUCAGCAUGCCAAGCAUGUGCUCCAUGUUCCUUCUGGGUCAAUUGAUUGGUUCUUCUAUCCAUCCCAUGAUCUCAGCUUCUGAAAAUGUAGCGUAUAAAGUUCUUCUGUGACUUGAUCAUGUGGUGGGCAGCUGGUCUUUAUCUAGGAUUGGCUCCUCUGCUGCUGUCAUUAGCAGAGCCUCUCACUCUUCCUGCCCUCCAACGGAAGAUCAGCUCAACUCCAGCAAUGCAGAACUCGGGAUCUCAGAGAACGAUCCUAACAACCUCUCCUCCAAGGACAGUGACCUUCUCCAGGAUAACUACAUUUAGUGCUUCCCAUAGGCUGGCCUGCAAGCUGCUGAGCGACACAGAGAAUAUGAAGCUGUUUGGGCCGUGCAGUCAGAUGCAUGGACACAACUAUAAAGUUGUGGUAACUGUCCAUGGAGAAAUUGAUCCCACUUCUGGGAUGGUGGUAAAUCUGGAGGAUUUGAAAGCAUCCAUGAAGGAAGCCAUCACAAAGCCCCUUGACAAAAAGGAUCUUGACCGAGAUGUCUCCUACUUUACCAACAUUGUAAGCACAACUGAGAAUCUCGCUGUAUUCAUCUGGGAGAACCUCCAAAAGCACUUGUCUGCAACAGUUCUUCAUAAAAUAAAACUCUACAAUACAGAUGAGAGCAGUGUUGUCUAUAGGGGAGAAAUACCAGCUCCACUGACUGUCGUGAAUGCCUGGGAUUAG